UAGCAUUGACUCAAUUUUUGUUGCAACACUACCACAUAAUUACAUAUAGACUCGUAGUUACAACGAAGUAGACAAAAAAAGAAAGACGAAUAUUUAUUGACUUUUUGGACGGAUUGACUUUUGGCAGAAGCAAAUAGUUGGGCUCAAGUGAUCAUCAUAUCAGCGCCUCAUUUUGCCACGAGUCGUCGGGCUUAACGGUUGUGAUCGAGUGCAAAUAGACGAAGUAUUGUCAAAACUCAUUUAAGUCGACCGCGGAAAUCAUCUACCUCGACAGUGGCACUGAAAGGACAUCCAUCCACACAUACACACAAAUCUCUUAACUCUCACAUCUCUUACUAACAAGUGAUUGCAGUGUAAUAUUCAAAAACAAUAACAACAAAAGAAAAUUAAAACCCUAAAAUAAAGGAAAAUGUCACGCCCUAGUGUUAGUUGGAAGAUCCAAUGCAGUUUAAGCAUUUGCAGUGCUAUUUGUCUGACGCUGUCAGCAGCUGCUUACACCCGCGAAAUAAUAAAUAAUGCGCCACAACUGCAAGAGCGACCACCCUGGCUACAGACCUGCAAACGUUCAAAUCCCAACGAAGAUAAGUGCUUUCGACGCCUCUUUGAAGGCUGCUUUCCCGCAUUAGCGGCAGGCGUACCUGAGAUUGGCGUAAAAAGCUUCGAGCCAUUGCAUAUAGACCAGGUUUCUGUGUCGAAAGGCAGUGGCAAUUUAAUACUAUCGGGAGGUUUCCAGAAUCUUAUCAUACGUGGACCAUCUAAUGCUACAGUGCGAAGAGCCAAUCUUGAUCUGGAGAAGAAGUUAAUGAAUUUCGAGCUAGACAUACCACUGCUUCGAAUACGUGCCAAAUACAAUUUGAAGGGUAAUAUACUCUUGCUUCCGCUGAUCGGUAACGGUGAUGUGCGUAUGGCAUUGAAAGAUGUGAGAACCGCUGUAUACACUAAAAUACAUCUAAGCGAUGAGCCGGAGGAAGUGAUCCGUAUUGAUGAGAUGAAGGUGACUUUCCAUGUGGGCGCGAUGCGUAUUCACCUGAGUGACCUUUUCAAUGGCAAUGAGAUAUUAGCCGCAUCCAUUAAUAAUUUUCUCAAUCAAAACGCAAAUGAAGUGAUUGCUGAGUUACGUCCUGACUUAGAGCUGGGCUUGGCGGACAUUUUCCACGGGUUAUGGAACAAUGUCUUUUCGAAAAUGCCACUCAAAUUGUGGCUACUGUGAUUUCGAUUGGCCCUUCAUGUUGUGUUUCAUUGUUUUUGUAAUGAUUAAUCGUUGAAUUUAUAUUUAUUGUUAUAUGAAAUAGACUAAUGUUUUUAAUAUAAUUAAACUUUAAAUAAUCCUAGAGGUAAAACUAAAAUCACAACUGUAUUGAAUAUUGGGGAACAAACGGCGAAAGAUCAAACAAAAAUAAUAGUUUAAAA